AUGGACAGAUCUUGGAUUACGAAGACUCGAGGUACGAGGGAAUACAAUAAUAGGUGUAAUGCAUUUGUGGCAUUUGCAGUUCGUAACUGCAAAACACCUGAUGGUAAAAUCCGUUGCCCUUGUAAGGUCUGUCGGAAUAACCGUCGCCACUCACCCGAUAUCGUCCUUGAGCACCUGACGGCGGGUAGAGGAAUCAUGGUCAGUUACAGAAAUUGGUUCUUGCACGAUGUUGCCAGUGCCAACAGUGUAGAACAAGGUGGCGACAUGCAAACAAUGUUGCGUGAUGCAUUUGGCAUGCAUGAGGUCAGGGAGCCCGAUCGUGAGCCACAGUGUGUUGAUCAGGUGGGUGUGGAAAAUGUUACAGAAGAACCAGCUGAAAGUGGCGCUCAGAAGUACUAUGACCUGCUAAAGAAGGCGGAGAAGCCACUUCAUGGGGGUACUAAACAUAGCAAACUGAGUGCUACAGUACACUUGUACAACUUGAAGUGCAUGGGCAGACUGAGCAACAAUAUUUUCUCAGAAUUCCUUCAGGUCAUCAAUCAGUUGCUGCCUGCAUGUGAUGACGCUUUGCCAGCUAAUACGUACGAGGCAAAAAAAUAUCUCAGUGACAUGGGGCUCGGGUAUGAGAAGAUCCCUGCGUGCCGUAACGAUUGUAUGUUAUUUUGGAAGGCUAACCAGGAACUAGAGUCAUGCACCGUUUGUGGAGAAUCUAGGUGGAAGGAUGAAAUUUAUUUGGACGAGGAUGGUCAACCCACAUCGUCGAGAAAGAAACGUCUGGUGAAAGUGUUGCGGUGGUUUCCACUCAUUCCAUGCCUACAGAGGCUUUUUAUGUCGGAACAUACUGCACCCCAUAUGAGAUGGCAUGAGGAAGACCAUACAAAGGACGACGUGUUGAGGCAUCCAGCCGAUGGCGAGGCAUGGAAGUCGUUCGACCUCCUACAUCCAGAAUUUUCAGCCGACAGUAGGAACGUUAGGCUUGGUCUGACCUCGGACGGCUUUAAUCCGUUCGGGAACAUGAGCACCUCUCACAGUACUUGGCCAGUCAUGCUUCUUCCAUACAAUUUGCCUCCUUGGAUGUGCAUGAAACAAACGUCAUUCAUACUAUCGCUGAUUAUUCCAGGACCAAGUUCACCUGGCAUGGAUAUAUAUGUGUACCUCCAGCCAUUGAUUGAGGAGCUACAGAAAUUUUGGAACGUAGGGGUGCGCACAUAUGAUGCCUCAAAUAAACAGAAUUUUCAGAUGCGGGCGCAGUUGAUGUGGACGAUUAAUGAUUUCCCAGCGUAUGCAGAUCUGUCCGGGUGGCCCAACAGGGGUGAGAAGGCAUGCCCUGUCUGUAUGCAUUCAACAUGGUCUAGACGGUUAAAACACGGGAAAAAAUUUUGUUAUAUGGGACACAGAAGAUACUUGCCAAUGGAUCAUCUUUGGAGACGGAACAAGAGGGCAUUUGACGGCAACCAAGAACAAGAAAGUGCACCCCACGUGCAAAGUGGUGAUGACAUCCUGAGACAGUUGGAGGGGAUGGUAUUUGGAGAUGAAAGAGCGGGCAAGAAAAGAGAGAAGAAGUGGAAGAAGAGACGAGCAGCAGAAGAUGCAACUGAGAAUGUCAUUUGGAAAAAGAAAAGUGAGGAUGGUCAAACCUAUUUGCCUGCAGCUUGUCACACAAUGUCCAACGAAGAUAAAAUAAAUUUUCUGAAGGUGAUAAAAAAUGUAAAGGUACCUGACGAAUAUGCAUCAAAUGUUUCUCGAUGUGUACGCCUCAAGGAACGUACGAUAUCGGGCCUGAAGAGCCAUGACAACCACGUAAUAAUGCAAGUGCUUCUCCCUAUUGCAUUGCGCCGCUCACUGCCAGAUAAUGUGGUUAGACCUCUUGUUGAGCUGUCCGCAUUUUUCAGGGACCUCUGCUCAACAAACUUAACCCAAGAGGACAUGGAUCGGUUAGAGGGUAGCGUCUGUGCCACUUUGUGCAAGAUGGAACAAGUCGAUCAAUUGGACUCUCAACGUUGGGAGGAGAUGGGAGAGAAGCUGGUUAUGCAUUGUAGGGGCUCGAAGGAGAUAGCCAGUAGGUUCAACAGAUACGUGGUUAACGGCAAAAUGUUUCGCACUGUUGCACAUGAUGUGGGGAAGAGAACACAGAACAGCGGCGUGUGCGUGCCUACCGUUGAUGGCUUGACAUACUACGGGAAGUUAACAGAUAUAAUUGAGGUCGAGUAUUACGACAGGACUAAGUACGUCAUGUUCAAGUGUGAUUGGGCGGACACCACGAGAGACAGGGGAUAUAAGGUGGAUGAGUACGGUAUGGAACUUGUCAGCUUCAAUCGCCUUGUUCACAGGGGAGACCUGGUGACUGAUGACCCAUAUGUACUAACUUCACAAGUUGACCAAGUAUUUUAUGUUGGAGAUGAGAGAAACCCAGGUUGGGCUUGUGUUGUGCGGACUAAACCCAGGAACGUCUACGACGUUGGUCAGAGUGAAGGGUCUCAUGAUUCACUAGACACCUACGCGUGCGAGCCGUUGCUAUUAACCAGAAAUAGCAAUCAAGAUCCAAGUGAUGAAUUUGACCACGUCCGAACGGACUUAGAGCCAAUCUUAGCGUAUGUUAUUCAAUAA